AUGCUCAACGGCUACAUGUGGAUGUACGCCACCGACCAUUCGUGGGGAAUAGACGUCGCCCCGCUGAUCAUCAUCAUCUGUACCACAUCAGCAGUAAAAUCUAAAGUUUUUUUUUUGAUAAUGGUGCUCCUUUCAGUAAUUCGCGGCUGCUGUAUACUGCUAGGCAUUGCCAUCCGAGCCCAUCUUCUGGACCAAAUUCGACCAACUCGAACACGUGACGCUACUGAGAUCUACGAGGUGGACACGGUGUUAGCAAUGGACGCUGAAGAUGACUCACCGAUAAUUUUUGACCUCGCCCGAGCCUGA